AUGGUCUUGAACACCGAUCUCGCAGACAGCCACAUCCUCAUUACCGGAGGUACCAAAGGCCUUGGGCGGGGAAUGGUUGAAAUUUUUGCGCGUGAAGGCUGUCAUGUCUCUUACUGUGCUCGUACUGUGCAUGAUAGCGACUUCGAUGAGCUACACAAAUCUCUUGAGCCCACUGCACACCAUGUCCAUGGCACCUCUGUGGAUGUGAGUAAUCGAGGUGCUCUUAUGAAAUGGGUGUCUGACUGCGGUACCCGAAUCGGUCGCAUCGAUGUUAUAAUCGCGAAUGCAUCAAAUAUGCAUUUUGAGUCCACUCCGGAGACAUGGCAAUCAUCCUUUGACCUCGACAUAAUGGGGUUUGUGAAUUUGGUUGAUGCAUCUAUGCCAUGGUUGGAAAAAUCUCCACACCCCUCUAUCUUGGUGCAGUCAUCCUUCAUGGGCCGUGAAUUCUUCCGCAGUCCGCCUGCACCGUAUGGAGCCUGCAAGGCAGCGCAGUUACAAUAUGUACAGGAGUUAUCGCAUUCGUUGGGGCCUCGAGGUAUCAGGGUGAACGCAAUCUCCCCGGGCCCCAUUUGGGCGCUUGAUGGGGCGUGGGAGACAUAUAGCCGGGUCGAUCCCAAAUGGGUGGAUGAGCAGCGACAGAAAGUGCCGCUGAAACGAUUUGGAACUCCAGAAGAUGUGGCCAAGGUCGCCAUAUUUCUCGCCAGUCCUUUGAGUUCCUAUGUGCAGGGGGCCAAUGUCAUGGUCGACGGUGGUGUGCACGUUGGGACGGAUUUCUAG